UAGUGACCAAGUGAAUGGCUCCAACUGUGUCAAAACUACAUUGUUGUGUGAUCUUGUGUAUAUACAAGUACUCCCUCGAUAAAAGUAAUAUUCGUUUAUUAGAUUUUAUCGUUGGUUUCAUUUAAAUCCUGCUAAGCUUGAAAUUUUUCGAGCUCUCCUGGACGCUACAAAUAAAUAAUAAAUUCUAGUUUUUAGUUCAUAACCGACGCGAGGUGACGAAGAAACAUGAAAUCCAAAGCGCUGUUCAUGUACACAGAUGCUGUUUGGAAAAAUGAUCGCUGGACUCUGUUGACUUACUACGAUGUCGGCCCCAUGAAAAUCACGUGCCGCGGCAGGCACAGUCUCUUGGCUCAUCUCAGGCGUGGAUGUCUGCCCGGUGCAAAGUUCUUCUGGACACAUUUAAUGCCAAAGGGUGGAAAUAAUUAUUUGGUAGAUUUCAAGAACCUGACAGUGCAGGAAUCCACACGAGGAUCGGCAAUAUUCGUACCUAAUCAUUUGUACGGAGUCCUUGUACCAAGCGAGUAUAAUCAUAUGAUUCUGAUGUCAGGUAAUAGGAUUCUACAGUCUUACGAAGCCAGUCUAUUGCGUCCAAAAUUUUUCUGUGGGCCUGAGCUAGAAAAAUGCAGCGAUGAAAUAUCGUUCGAUUUCAAGAAGGUCAUUGCAUUUACAAUGACGAUCGGUGUCAUGAAUAUUCCUAAAUUGAUAAAAAUUGUGAAGAAAAAGAAACUGCAUUUCAGACCGAACAAACACGAUGUUUCUUCUUCAGAUGCGACACUUUUGAUGACUCAAACCUGGCGCGCAUACGUACAAAUUAUAAAAUUCCUACUUUUUGAGAUAGAACGCUCUUGCCCUUCUUUAUGCGCCACUUCAGUUGUUCUGGAUCCUCCUCAACGCCAGAAUCUGAUCUAUCUUCUGUACCAGCACUUCAGUUUGGUAUACAGGAUGUGCCCCUCACCUAGAGGUAAUGAGCUUGAAAACCAUCUGAAGAACGCACGCCGACUCUUGGUGCGAGAAGUCGUCACUACGGUCCAGACUCGAAUGGGUGUCACUUGCCUUAAUAUGGAUUGUUUUACCUUAGCUUUCUUCAUAUUUAAUAUAACUUUUAACUCCAUUUAUUGUUCUAUAUGUGUGAAAGAACCGACGACAUAAAAGUCCCUAGUGAUGCCCAAAUCGAUGCCCCUAGUUGCUAUCGAUGCUGUUUAUUUGCAGGACAGUCACAUCGCUGAAACGUGUAAUUUCGGUUAUUUUAAUAGGAAUAACGUUAUAAUUGUCACGUUGGUAUUACAGAGGAGCGUGUUUUAGAUAUCAUAACCUGGUUUACUUUUACUAUUCAUUAACGUUUUAAUAUUCACUAAACCGACUUUGCAAAGGCUCUUAAUUAUCUUGUAUACAUUGUAGAUGUUAAACCUUGCUAAUGAAUGCGUGUGGGAGCGUGGAUUUGAUUCCUUAUGUGCUUAAAAUGAUAGACGAAUCUAUGCUGUCCCCGAGGCUCAUUCUAUCAUCGUCCUAAAUUUUACUGCCAUAAUCAUUUUCUGCACUUCUUUACAUGCAUAUCCGGAGUGUCUGAUUUUACGUAAAACAACGCGUUUUUAUCGUGAGCGCAGCGUUUAGGAUUUCUGUGCGAUAAACACCGAAGUUAGACUCCCAAAAGCAUGUGGUAAAGCUCGUCAUUCGCCAAGGCGAGAUAAGAAAAAUCUCAUCGCC